AAGCAAUCAUCUUCUCAGUAAGCAAGAAAGAUGAAGUGCUUAGCUUAUUUUGGUAAGAAGUUGGAGCAUCUUUGUUGUAACCUGUAUAAAUCCUUCAAAUCUCUAAUUAAAUCAUCACUUUUUGUUUUCUUCUAUCAAAUAAAUCCAUUUUGGAUUCAACUUGCUUAUUUUCUACUUAUCUCUCUUCUUGGCUAUUUGGCUUUGAAGAUCUCAACUCCAAGAACUACUUCCUCAUCUUCAUCCAAGAUUAAGGACAUAGACAUCUUCUUCACUUCUGUCUCUGCUACUACAGUGUCUAGCAUGUCAACAGUUGAAAUGGAGGCUUUCUCCAACACCCAACUCAUUAUAAUGACAACCUUGAUGUUAGUAGGUGGAGAAGUCUUCACUUCCAUGCUUGGACUUCGAUUAGAAAGGUCUAAAUUCCGUACUCCAAAGCCAAAACCAAGUAACUCUUUAGAGUUGGUUCUUGUUUCUGAUUCUGGGUUGGCUAAUCCGAAACAAGAAACCCAUGAUUUAGAAAGUGAUACCAACUUCUCGUCUAAUGAUACUAGUUUAAAGGAUGCCUCCAUGAAGAGUCUAGCCUAUGUUGUUUUGGUUUAUCUGUUAGUAAUUCAUAUAGGUGGUUCUAGUUUAGUGGCUAUGUACACAGGCUUAAUCCCUAAUGCAAGAGAAACACUAACCAAGAAAGGUAUUAGCGUACAAACAUUUUCUGUUUUUACUGUGGUAAGUACCUUUGCAAAUUGCGGUUUUGUCCCUACUAAUGAAAACAUGAUAGUUUUCAAGAAAAACUCAGGUCUCCUUCUACUUUUAAUCCCUCUAACACUUUUAGGGAACACAUUGUUUGCACCUAGCUUAAGAUUCCUGAUCUGGGUUCUGGAGAAAAUAACAAAACGAGUUGAGUACAGAUACAUAUUGAGGAAUACUGGAGAGAUGGGUUAUAGUCACUUGAUGUCUAGUGUUCAAUCUUGGUUUCUGUUUUUGACAGUCUUGGGGUUCAUAGUUUUACAGUUGAUAGUGUUUUGUUGUAUGGAGUGGAAUAAUUCUCAAGGGAUGGAUGGUUUGAGUUGGGUUGAGAAGUUGGUCGCUGUCCUUUUUCAAGUGGUGAGCACAAGGCAUUCUGGUGAAUCUGUUUUUGAUCUUUCUGCCAUCUCUCCAGCAAUUUUGGUCAUUUUCAUAGUUAUGAUGUACCUCCCGCCAUAUACCUCAUUUUUGCCAGUAAAGCAACAGGAGGAAGAAUUAGUUCCAAGAAAUGGCAGAGAAAGGAAAAAUGAGAAGAAGACGCUGUUUCAGGAUUUAUUAUUCUCACAACUAUCUUAUCUUGUCAUCUUUAUUGUUCUCAUUUGCGUAGUGGAGAGGGAAAAGCUGAAGACUGAUCCUCUUAACUUCAAUGUCUUGAACAUAACCUUAGAAGUGAUAAGUGCACAUGGAAAUGUUGGGUAUUCGACAGGGUACGGUUGUGCAAGAGCAAGACAAGUAAAUCCAAAUAUCACUUCUUGCAAAGAUGCAUGGUUUGGAUUGGUGGGGAAGUGGAGCAACUUUGGAAAGUUCAUCAUUAUUAUUGUUAUGUUCUUUGGAAGGCUCAAGAAGUUCAGUAUCAAUGCUGGUAAAGCCUGGAAGCUAUCUUGAUUGCAUAUUUUCUUCAAGAUAUCUCUAAUAUAUAUACACAGUUGCAGAAUCAAACUUAGAUAGCUAUACUUUUCUAUCCCAUAUAAGAGAGAUUAUUGGACUGGGUAUUGUAUCUUGUAUUGUAUUCUUCUUCUUCUUCUUUUGGUUUCCAUAUUGCAUGUGCAUUGCCCAAAAUGAGAUUUAGUAUGUAAAUACAUCCAUAUAUAUAGUAUGUUUGGUGGUAAUGAUAGUAUAUAUUCAGUCUCUGCUAUGGCUGUUGCUACUGUACCAAUAGGGUUUUAAUAGAAAUGGAGAAUUAACCCCUGCUUUAUUUAUUUUAUUAA